AUGGGGAAGCACGGGAAAAAGCAGAGUCACCGCCAUAACCGCCAAGGAAGAACUGCCUCAUACUAUCUUGAACAACCAGGUGAAGAAAUACAAGAUUACCCAUUAAGCCCCCAAACUUCUUCUGCUCAAGAACCCACUCUUUCUGAAUCUGAUAAAGAAUCCCAUGAAGAAGAAAUCCAGGAAAAAGAAACAGAUUUUGAUAAAAACCCAUCAAUCAACAAUGAUCUCCCGUCAAAAUUCUCUCUUUAUCAACAAUCCGUACAGUCUCCAAAAGGGGAUAUAAGUUACCUGCAGAAGUUUUUCUUGAUGUAUGUUGGCGGGAGGCUACCCCUCCACCUCCAGGAAGAUUUUUGCGGCACUGCACUUUUGAGUGUAGAAUGGCUUCACAGUGAUGCGCGGCGAACUGCUGUAGGAUUAGAUUUGGAUGCUGAGGCACUCAAUUGGUGCAUGGAGAACAAUAUGAAUAAAAUUGGGGCUGAUGUCUAUUCAAGAGUUUCCCUGUUUCAUGGCAAUGUCUUGCAACCUCUGGAGUGCAGAUUGGUUAAUUUGGAUUCCCAUCAGAUCAUCGAGAACAUUACAAUAGACGAUGAAGGCGAGUCAAAGACUAGCUCUCUGAAUUCUAUUAUACAGGGAAGCCCUAUGGCUGUUUGCCAAACUAAGUUGAUGAAAGACACUAAAUUGCCUGCAAGAGAUAUAGUGUGUGCUUUUAACUACAGUUGCUGCUGUCUGCAUAGUCGUAAAGAGCUGGUUUUGUAUUUCAAACAUGCACUCAAUGCUCUGAGUACAAAAGGUGGUAUAUUUGUGAUGGAUCUAUACGGAGGCUCGUCCUCAGAGUGUGAGCUAAGGAUGCAGAGGAGAUUCCCAAAUUUUACGUAUACUUGGGAACAAGCUGGAUUUGACAUCAUUCAGAGGAAAACUAGGAUUAGCCUCCAUUUUAAUCUCCAUAAACAGCAUAAAAAGAUUCGCCACGCGUUUAGCUACAGCUGGAGACUCUGGUCCUUGCCUGAAAUUAAGGAAUCCUUGGAGGAAGCUGGUUUUCAAUCUGUCCACUUUUGGAUUCGGAAUAUGCCAGAUAGUGAAGAAAUUAGAUGUAUGGACGGGUUUCCUGUUGGACGAGACUUGAAAUACGAAGAAGUCACAAGUUUCCAACAACAGGAUUCGUGGAAUGCUUAUAUCGUCGGUGUUGCAUAG